CCUAAAAAUUGGCGUUGGAUUGACGCUCAGAAAACGCCCAGGCAGCAGCGCCCAUAUAUUCAAUUUUGUCCAAAUACUAUACUAUAGAUUUUGAAUCCGGAUCCACCGCCAUCGCCCAUAAUUACACACUCACCCCUUUUUCUUUCUCCCUCUCUCGGCUCUGCUUCGCCGUUGCCGUUGCUUUUCUUCUUUUUCCCCUUAAUAACCAAAUGAGGAAGGGAGCUAAGAGAAAAGCCGCUUCUCAUGAGCAAGAGGAGAAGCAAGUAAAGACUUCGUCUUCUUCGCAAGAGAAUCUCAACAACAACAACCGUAAACCUGCUCCCAAAGCUAAGCGUGCUAAGACCUUCAAGCCUCAGCCCGAGCCUGAGUAUUUCGAAGAUAAGCGUAACUUGGAAGAUUUAUGGAAAGCUGCAUUCCCUGUUGGAACAGAGUGGGAUCAACUGGACUCUGUUUACCAAUUCAACUGGAACUUUUCGAAUUUAGAAGAUGCAUUUGAAGAGGGGGGGAAACUAUAUGGAAAGAAAGUUUAUCUCUUUGGUUGUACAGAGCCUCAAUUGGUCCCUUACAAAGGAGAAAACAAAGUCAUUUGUAUACCUGUGAUUGUGGCUGUUGAGUCUCCUUUCCCACCUUCAGAUAAGAUUGGUAUUAACUCAGUGCAGAGAGAAGCUGAAGAGAUUGUUCCCAUGAAACAAAUGAAAAUGGACUGGGUUCCAUAUAUUCCACUUGAGAAAAGAGACAGCCAAGUUGAUAGAUUGAAAUCUCAAAUAUUCAUCUUAAGCUGCACUCAAAGAAGGGUUGCUUUGAAACAAAUGAAAAUAGAUCGUCUCAAGAAAUACGAGUAUUGUCUGCCUUAUUUUUACCAGCCUUUGAAGGAAGAUGAGCUUGAACAAAGCACUGAGGUUCAAAUAAUUUUUCCAGCAGAACCAAAGCCAGUUUUUUGUGAAUUUGAUUGGGAGUUGGAUGAACUUGAUGAGUUUACUGAUAAACUGAUAGAAGCAGAUGAAUUAGAUAAAGAUCAAAAGGAUGCUUUUAAGGAUUUUGUCAAAGAGAAAGUUCGAGAAGCAAAAAAAGCUAAUCGGCAGGCAAGAGAAGCUCGCAGAAAAGCCCUUGAAGAAAUGAGUGAGGAAACUAAAGCAGCAUUUCAGAACAUGAGAUUUUACAAGUUCUAUCCUGUUCACACUCCGGAUACUCCUGAUGUGUCAAAUGUAAAGGCGCCUUUCAUAAACAGGUAUUACGGGAAGGCACAUGAGAUUCUCUAAUGGAACCUUUAUAUUAAAGAAUGAAGAUGUAGUGCAGUUUGAGGGAUGCUCUAAAAAGCCUGCUUCGCUUGUAAGAGUGUCAUUUGUAUGUUACCCGGAAGUUUUGGGAGUAUGCCUCUGGUGCCCCAUCACACUCAUUUCCUAGGAGAAAAGGUUUAAACUUAAAAAAACUCCAUAACUCUUAGAUAAUUAAAACCAGGCCCUUUGCAACAAUCGCAGGAAUUAGUAGAAUACUCUAUUGAGGCUUUAUUUUUUUCCCCCACAAUUUGUAGAAUAUUCAACUGAGCCUUUCUUUUUUCUCCCAAAAAUUUUGAAGGAAUUUUUAAGGCUUGAGGUGCUUAAAUCGCCCCACAGCUUGACAUGUCAUGGUUUUACACUUAUUAGCGAUCUUCCGUUCCGACUUAAUUGUAAUAGUAAAGAGUAUUCAAAUGCAUUUUUACCCCUAUAUUAAA